AUGUCGCUCCUCCGUCAGCACCUCCUCCCCACAGCUCGACGCAUACUCUCCAAACCAUCGCCUCCCGCCUACUUUGCGUCGACGUCAAGAAGAAGAACGACCGUCAACAUCCCCCAACGACAACCCUUCCACACCUCCCCACCCCGACGACACAAUGAACUCACCCCUCCCGCUCCCGGACAAGAACGAAAAGUCACCUUCAUCGACAAGGACGGCGUCGACUGGACCUUUACCGUCGCCGAUGGAGAUAACCUGCUGGAUAUCGCCCAGUCGAAUGAUUUGGAAAUGGAAGGCGCAUGUGGGGGCAGUUGCGCCUGCAGUACGUGUCAUGUCAUUGUGACAGAUGAGGAGACCUUUGAUAAAAUGGAAGAACCUUCAGACGACGAGAAUGACAUGCUGGAUCUGGCAUUUGGAUUGACCGAGACGAGUCGCUUGGGGUGUCAGGUGGUCAUGAGCAAGGAAUUGGAUGGUUUGGUCGUCAAAUUGCCCAGUAUGACGAGGAAUUUGCAGGCCUCGGAUUUCGCGGAUAAGAAGUGA